AUUCGAUAUCUGGGUCGAGUUGGACCCUAUGUUCAAGAAGAUUUCCUUAUCUGAAGUUUCAUAAUCCCGCCCUAUCUGUUGACGCCAUUGAGAUAGACGUAUCAGAAUGUUUUAGACAAUCGCAAUAAUAGGAUUUCUAUGUAUUGACGAGUUGUGUUACAUAGUUGGCGAUAAUCGAGAGCAUGGGUGAGGCCACUUACGAAUUUACAGAAGAGGAUCAGGAAUGCGACAGCAGGAAGGAGGAGAACGCUCUCGACUACGUCAGGAUGGGCAUAGGCGAGUUCGGGUGCGUCUUCAUAAUAGUCUUCAUCUCCUGCAUGGGCUGCAUCGUAGGCUUGUCGGAGGAGACCGCUUCUCACCUGCAGAAGUGCAUCGCAGGAGGUCUGUCCGUGAUGACGGCCAUGCAGAUUUUUGGCCACAUCUCAGGAGCCCAUGCAAACCCUGCAGUGACCGUAAGCGCCUAUUUUAUGAACAUAGUGGAUGGUAGAAAAGCAGUUAUUUACAUAGCCUGCCAAGUUUUAGGAGGCAUUACAGGUUAUGCCGUUCUGUUGUUCGCCACACCCAAAGAUCUCACAUUGUCUGGAACACACUGUAUAACUUCUCCAAACCCGAAAAUAACUGUCAUGCAGGCUUUUUUGGUGGAAAUUGUGAUAACCUUCAUCUUGGUAGUUGCAAUCAAUUGUUGCUGGGACUACAGAUGCAAGAAAAAUCUAGACUCGUUCGCCAUGAGAAUAGGAUUUGUGGUUACUGCUUGCGCUUUAGCCGCUGGACCAUACACUGGAGCCAGUAUGAACCCAGCCAGAAGUAUAGGACCAGCAGUUUGGCAGAAAAAUUAUGAUUAUUUGCAUAUAUACAUCUUGGCGCCAUUGAUUGGAGGUGCCAUUUCAGGACUUUUCUACCAACAUAUACUGCUCAAACCAAAAAACUAGAUGGAUAAUUUAGUAAUUUAUUUCAGAACAUCUUAUUUAUUAAAAUAAUAUGUAUGGAGUCAAAAUGUGAUCUUUUCUUCAAUAUGAGUUGUCGACACCUAUUUUUUCAAUGAAAAUAAAAUAGUAAAGUACUUACCAUAAUCAAA